AUGACGACGACGUUUAUGGCUUCGCCGAUGUCAUCCUUCAAUGCUUUCUUAACUGUGAGACGACUGCCUCCUCCAUCUCAGAUAGGAAUAGUGUCGCUUGAUUUCAGGUCCUACUCUAUCUUACCUCGCUUGUCAAUCUCUUUUGCUCGCCGACGAAACCGUACUGAUUCUGCAACUACACCAUUGCCAAAGAAGAAGAAGAAGGAGGUGAAGGAUGAGGAUCAAGAGGAGGUUUUAGAGCCAUCAAAGCCAAUCUUGUAUCAUUGUUUUGUUGAUUCUGGCAUACAAUUUGUUGUGCUUGUGAAGGAUGGAGAUGAGAAGGAAGAUUUGCUAAAAGAAGCUUUUGAAGCAUUUUUUGGGGAUGAUCUUGAAAAUGAUGAUUCAUUAAAUGAAGAUGAUAUAAGUGAUGAAGAACUUAUUAAGUUGGAGCGUGAAUUGAAGGAGGCAUUCAAGAAGUAUGAUGAAGAAGAUAUUAUCGAUUGCACUGGUAACGAAGGUGACAAUGAUAAUAAUGAUGAAGAAGAUGAAUUUGAAGAAUUAUUAUCGAAGCUACAAAAUUGGCAACUCCAUAGAUUGGCUUAUGCUUUAAAGGACGAUAGUCGAAAAACCAAUAUAAAAGAUCUUGCAGAUGAUCUAUGUCUAGACCAAGCUGAUGUUCUCAAAUUACUCAGUGAUCCAAUUAUUAUGUUGAUGACUGCUGCUUUACCCGAUAACCUUGAUUCAACAACCAUCUUGGAUCCUACUCAACUCGCAACAACAACAGUCUCGGAUAUCGAAACUUAUACACCAGAAAUAUAUGAUUAUGAAGUAACCCACACAACAUUAAAUUCUGAAGAUGAGGAGGAGGAAGUGAUAAUCAAUGUUACACAAACCGAUUAACUGCUCUACUACGCAGGUAAGUUAUUCUUUCUGUUUUUAUGCAUACAAUGAAUUAGGCCAAACCUGAAGUAUUUGUUGUUGUUAGUUUUAUUUGAAUUAGAGUUUGGUUGCACCCUUUUAGUGGAUACAAAAUCUGAAGAAAUAUAUGAAUCUCAUGAAUAAUAACAAGUAAGCAUGGUUAAUUUGA